AUGGCAAUCUUAAAUAAUUCUAACACUCCUAUUGUUAAUUUCGGUAAAAUUCCUUACAAACGACCAUGGUUCCGACAUCGAAAAUUUAAAAGUCGAGCUGUCGAGCAGGCUAUUAAUGACGUUGUUAAGAAGAUGAAAGACCGAGAUUUAGCUGUGUUGUUUGAGAAUUGUUGGUCGAAAUCUUUGGACGACUACGUUCUGUGGCAGGAUGAUUCAAAAGGCUAUCCACGAACUUUCAUCGUUCCUGGGAAAUUCGAGGUCCUUUUUAUUCGUGACUCGACCAAUCAGGUUAUUUCAUAUACUCCUUUUGCCAAAGAUGAUCCUGAGCUUGCUAAAAUGAUACUUGGAGUAAUAAAUAUCCAAGCUGAAUAUUUGGCAAAGGACAUUUAUUCCAAUUCAUUUUUUCCGCCACUCUCUUCCGAUUUACCCCGGCCGUACGAUCCUUGGGAAGAAAAUGAUAAAAGUUACCCCAAGCCUUCUUCGGCUGUCUGGCAGGAGAAAUUUGGCGCUGAUAAUCUUGCUGCCUUUUUAAAAUUAACCUAUCAUUAUUGGAAGAAUACUAACGAUUCAUCCUUUCUGCAAAACGAGCAUUGGGUUGAUGCCAUGCAAUUUGCUGUCAACGUAUUUUCUGAACAAAUGCGUGGCACAAUGGAAGAAUUUGGUAAUGAGGCGUAUCUAUUUACUAGGCCAUCACGAAAUAGCAGUGAGACUCUAUUGCUGGAUGGAAGAGGGGCUAUUGCUAAAAGAACUGGACUCGUAAAAUCCCAUUUUCGCCCGUCUGAUGACGCGUCUUUCUAUCCAUUCAUCAUACCAACAAAUGCGAUGAUUUCAAUGGAAUUACUGCAUCUAAAAGAAAUUUUAGAUAAUUCAGAUCCCGAUACAUUAUUCCAUACCUUAGAUCUAUCUUCUUAUAUUCUGAAUUUAUCUCGCGAAAUUCGAGAGGCGAUUUAUAAACAUGCAGUUGUAAAACACGAAACUUUAGGAGAGAUUAUGACAUCGGAUAAUGAUACGGAAAUUCUGGAGAAUCUUGAGUUACUUAAAGAUGUUGGCGCUCAUACAGGAUAUCUAAGUCAAGCGUUUUGGUUUCAUGACUCAGCGGAACAAUUACGAAGUGAAUUCGGAGCUGCAAACUCUCUGUUCGGAGAAGCGAUUUUGAGGCUUGCUCGGGAUCGACCUCAUGUUGUAUUUGAUGUGCCGCCUCCUCCAUCUCCUGCACCUUCUCCUGCACCUUCAACACUCGAACAUCCGAUCAUAUCACCAUUAGGUCAAACUUCCUUGCUUACAUUUUUCAUUAAAAUGGCUUCUAAGAAGACCCAAAAACUUGCUGAUAAAGCUCAAUACAUCAAAGGCGUUGCAAAAGAAAAGCUUGGCAGGACGAUUCAUGAUGAAAAAUUGGUUGCCGAUGGGACUAAUGAAACGUUAACUAAACAGGCUGAAAUGGAAGCAGCUCAAAAAGUAGCAGUAAAUGAGUCUCAGAAAAACGAAAGUACUUCGAAAAACAAAAAAGAUAUUAACGAUGAUAAAAAGCCGUUUAUCGUCUCUCUUAAAAAAAGGAAUCCCAAAGUGGUUGAAAAACCUCUUACGAAAGGAAGUGACAAUGAAUCACCUGCCAAGGAGCAUGGCAAAGCGAAUCCUGUCACGCAUCAAAAAAUGAAUGAAAUUGAUCCGAUGGAGCCAGAAAGUUCAAAGUUGAAGAAGGAGAAAAGUAAAUUGUAG